AUGGGUUACAAAGAAAAUGCAGCGAAAAGGGCCCUAAGAAUGACCGGUCAAGACGUUCAGCCAGCAGUUCAUUUCCUGGUAGAAGAGCAAGCUAGGAAAAUACUCAGGAAACAGGAGAACAAUCAGCGACAAGCGGAGAUUUUUUUUGAUAGAGAUCUUGCGGCACAGGCUCUUAGGGUGAAUGAAAAUGAAGUUCAAAAAGCGUUAGAUCUUUUGACAAAUCCUGAAAGAUAUUGUGCCCUUCAGGAUUCCUCAGGUGCAGACAUCGAGGAAUUAGUAUCCUUGUGGUAUAACCGAUCAUCAGUUGUGGAUGCUGUGCGAAGGUCAUGUACCAAGGAGGAUGCGUUGAAACUUCUUGUCGGAGCAAAUUCAGAGGACAGCCAGCAUGCUAUAAUCAACCAACCGAAAGAUGAUCAAGGGCCAUCAGCCGCUUUAGCUAAUGAAGAUAAAAUGGAUCUGGGAGGAGAACACAAAUAUGAGAGAGACGAAGCCGUGGAAGACGAGCUUGCGAAAGAACUGACCGGUGAUCCAUUGGCAGACUACGACGCGGAAGUAAUGAAAGAAGGAGAGGCCAUAGCAAAGUAUUUGGCCCUUCUGGAUUCAAAAGCCAAUGCAACAAAGGAAAUAAGAUACACAGGUUCUUCCAGAAUCCAGUAA